AUGGAAAAGACAGCCAACCUCAACACCCCUGAUUCAAAUGCUAUCCUUACUUCCGCUGCUUCGAAUUCUCACUGGCAAUCUGCUUCUGGAAGUUCUCAGACUGCACAGGAUCUUGAAGCAUCCUUCGUGUGGGCACCUCCACUUUCGACCGAGCCCUCCAAUGCAGAUGACUUGCUUGCUGGUCCAGAGAGUAUCUUGCCUGACGACAUUGCUGCUGAAUUUGCAGCUCUUGAGGAGUUGAAAAGGACUGAAAAAGUUCAGAACAUUAACGAAGUUGAAGUGCUCGGGGAAAAUGAUUUUGAUUUUGACGAGUUGGAUCGGGUUGAACAGGGAAUAAUACCACAGGCUAUUCUAGAAGAGGUUGAGGUGGUUGGUUACAAUGGCGAGGACGACAGAUGGGACCUAUCACCGACGUUCCCUCCGAGUCGAAUGACAAUUUUGUGA